AUCGGAGAAGUCCAGCUGGCGCUCGAUUAACUCGAUUUAUUGUAUUGUAUUUAUUUUGGUGUUUCAAUUGGAGCCCUUAAAUUUUUGUUCUAAUCCACUGUGAUCCUGAAACGUUGCCGCAGUAACAUGCAAAAUGUUUAAAAUUGAGUCAUAUGUGACACCAAUCUUGUUAAGCUAUGUUGACAAAUAUGUACGAGACUUCAAGCCAGCUGAUGCACAAGUAUCCCUGUGGGGUGGUGGUGUGGCGCUACACAACUUGGUGCUUAAAGCAGAUGUUUUGCAAAAUGAGGUUGCCCUGCCAUUCACCCUGGUAUCAGGGCGGAUUCAUGAACUACUUAUACAAGUUCCCUGGACUAAGAUCAUGUCGGAGCCUAUUGUGGUGACAAUAGAUACUAUAGAAUGCGUUCUAAGUCUUCAUCCGCCGGCAGCGUCAGAAGAAACUCUUCCUGCAGAGCCCCCUAGGUCGACAUUGGUGGAGGCCCCGCCGGGCUACAUGCAGGCGCUGGUGCGGCGCAUCGUGAGCAACAUCUCGCUGCGCGUGCACCACCUCAUCGUGAAGUACGUGCAGGACGACAUCGUGCUGUCGCUCAACGUGAAGCAUCUGUGCGUCGAGAGCGCCGGCGUGAACUGGGCGCCUGCUUUUGCUGACAUCGAUCAGAAUGAGCCUGUGGUGAGGCGGCUAAUGCGGCUGGACGACUUAACGCUCUGCCUGGACCGGGCGGAUUCCGACGGCAAGAUACGGUUCUACCAGGAACCUUUGCUGUACCGCUGCCAGCUGGACUUCAGAAUUCUCACCCGACUGGUAUCGGCCAACACCCGCCGAGCGUCCUGCCUCACCGUCCAGCUGCGGUCGUCCAAGCUGGCGUGGGGGGUGAGCAGCGAACAACUCACGCUGCUGCUGCGGCUGCUGCGAGAGCGCCAGACCCAAGUCAACACCUCCCCGCCGCCGCCCAAACAGAAUGCGAUGAAUUCAGCCGCACCACAGGGUGGUUCGACGUCGAACGCGGCGGAGCCGGUCCGGACCGAGAGCUGGUCGGAGUGGGCGUGGUCGUGGCUGCCCACGUGGGUAGACAAGGAGGGCGGCGUGGAAGAGGCCGCGGUGCCUCCGACGCCCAUCCCGGUCCUGUUCAGCGGCUACUUAGACCACGUGUCUUUAGUGUUUAAGGUGAUGGAAGCAGAGGGCAGCGCGCGCAAGCGUGCCCGCGGCGUGAUGGAGCUUAGCGCGUAUCACGCAGCGGCGCGCGCGGCGCUGUGCGCGCCGACCACGCUGCGCGUGCGCGUGGGCGUGCGCCAGCUGCGCCUGUUGUCGCGCGGCAAGUGCAUCUGCGGACACCAGGAACUUAACGCUAUUAAUGACGAGCCUACAAUAUAUUUGGAGAAGAGAAGUUCUGAAGACGACAAGGAGCCGUGGAGUUGGCCUGACAAUUUUGAAACCUUGGAUUGUAAGGUUGAGACUGCGGAAGCGGCGGAGGAGGUUUACAGUGAAACAUCCGACCCGACUGAAUCGUCUGCUGAGCUGAAAUUGAGCAGCAUAGACGAGGACGACGCGACCGACGAGCUGUGGCGGGCUCUGUCGCCCGUGAUCCUGCUGCGCUACUCGCACACACGCUCCCCGCCCGACGACACCAACCCGUACGAGAGCCCGCCCGUCGACUUCCAGUACAGCGAUUGGCAAGAGGAGAACAAAUUGAAAAUAAUUCUGGAGCCAAUGGACAUUUAUCUUGGAAUGGGCCUUCUUCAUCGGAUAUCAGCUAUUCAACAAAUUUUCCAAGAUCUGCCGUCAAUCCCAGUUCCAGAUGUACCUAUGAGAACACUUACAGUAGAAGAAUGUGAGGCGUUGGACGCCAACAUACCUCAGCGUAGGACCUUCUUAGUGAUGCGGGGGUGGCGCCUACGCGUCCUUCCCUGGGAUCAUUCUCUGUCGGAAAAACAGACCUCACCAUCGCUGGUGUUAGAUAUUGAAUCACCAGAAGUGAAGCUGAUUGUGACGGGACCACUUUAUCCACAUAGAGUGUGUUCCGCGGCCUGCCAAAUGCCUAAAGAGGAGGGUCCGCUGUGGCAAGGCGCGCGGCUGCACGUGACCGCCACGCUCGCCGCCGUCGAGGCGCGCCUGUGCCGGCUCGCGGACGGCCGGUCGCGGCCCGUGGCGCGCGCCGACCUGCGCCUAGUGCUGCACCUGCUGCGGCAUCCCGAGAUGUUCGCCAACAAGGAGACCGUCCACACCAGCUACAAUAUCAAAAUACAUGAAAUGAACACAUGCGGAUCCGCGGCGCGGCUGCAGGCGGCCUGGCACGUGUUGCAGUCGCUCAUCGACCAGCGGCCUUCUCAGGUGCUGCGACACACUUGGCUAGUCAAAGACGCACUCAGCGACGAAGAGUCGGUGGCGAUCGACGCGACGGUGGAGGACGUGUCGUUGCGCGGAUUCAUCACGAGGACGGUGAACACGCACAUCGCCAUGGCGCAGUCGGCUCGCGUCAUGGCAUUUUACUCGCCGAAUGAAGGGAAUGUUAAACAGGCAUGGAUAUUCUCCGCUCCCGACUCGCAGACUACCACAGCGUUCGCCCGCGUGGCGGUGCAGUGGUGCGCCGCGCAGUCAGGGGACACGGUGGACUACCUGGGCGUGUGGACGGAGUCGGUGGCCUUCUGCGCCGACCCGCUCUUCAUAGCGUGGCUCGCCUACAAACCGCUACACAAGUCACCCACUACAAUAUCAGGUACUUGUUUUACAUAUAGUUGUAUUAGAGCAUUCGCCCGCGUGGCGCUGCAGUGGUGCGCCGCGCAGUCAGGGGACACGGUGGACUACCUGGGCGUGUGGACGGAGUCGGUGGCUUUCUGCGCCGACCCGCUCUUCAUAGCGUGGCUCGCCUACAAACCGCUACACAAUUGUAUUAGAGCGUUCGCCCGCGUGGCGCUGCAGUGGUGCGCCGCGCAGUCAGGGGACACGGUGGACUACCUGGGCGUGUGGACGGAGUCGGUGGCUUUCUGCGCCGACCCUCUCUUCAUAGCGUGGCUCGCCUACAAACCGCUACACAAGUCACCCACAACAAUAUCAGAAACAGCGCCGUUGUCGAGAGCCUCAUCAUCGUCACAAUCUUAUUUACGACGCCGCGUUACACCACCUUCGUCGAGCGGGCGCGGCGCCAGCCGUACAGGCUCGGGGUCGGAGCUGGUGCACGCGGUGCGGCUGCGCAGCCUCGGCUCCAGCAGCGACCACGGCGAGACGCGCCGGCCCGCGCCGCCUCCGCCGGCUAAAACCCCGGAGACGUUCCUGCACCCCGACCGUCUACUGAAGCUGCACGCGCGCCUGCAGCAGCUGCUGGUGUGCGUGGAGGUGGGCACGGCAGUGGUGUACUUCACCACCGGCACGGCGUCGGCGGAGGGCUGCGCCGCCAUGCGCGACGCCGUCGAGCGGUUCGCCGCCGGCGUGCCCAAGCAACAGGUGCUCGUGCUCAGUAUGGGGCGCUUAACAGUCAGCUCAAGCUCUAUGAUGAAACAUCUUUGGGAUAACAUCCGCCAUGACGGCCCUUCGUUUAUAACAAAGCCAACAACAGGGGAACCCUUGGAAUCGUUCCCCUGGAAGUUGCGGCUGGCCGACGUGACUUGCUACACCCUGGAGACCCGCCAGUACACGGACGCGGGGCGCGUGCAGAGCGGCGUGCUGCGCUCCACGCUCAAGUCCUCGCCCGUCUCCACGCGGCUGGUGUUGGAGGCCGUCACCACCACCGUCACGCUCUCCAUCGUUACCAAGUACAUGCAGAUACGCUCGUGGAAGUUGUCGCCGGAACAACAAAAAGCCAGUGAGCGGUCGGAGCCGACCCCAGAGGAAUUGAGGGUAAAAUAUUUUAAAUCAGGAAUUGAUUUCAAACCAUCAACAUUAAAGGAGUUCGUCCGGGGCCCAGCCAGACUCAAAAGAAGUCAAAGUCCAGAGGGCAAGCCGAGUAACCUUCGAGAUCGGGAUCCGAAGGAGAAGACCACGCAAGGGCCGGUGGUGUCGAUGGGCGUGCACCUGCACGCUGACACGCCCCCCGUCACCGUCCGGCUGGAGCAAGACCAGGUGACCAUCAUCGCUGCGGCGGUGCAUUGUUUGAAACACCUGCACAUGGUGAUGAGCCGGAGCCCGGGCGCCGUGUCCAGGUCAUACACGUCGUUGCCUGGCUCACACGAUCACAGAUCUUUAAUAAGUUUCAGAUCAGUGUCUGAAUUGAACGAGCCCGACACCCCGUCCGACGAAAAUCUGAGUGAAGGUUAUUCUGAACUUAUUCCCAUAUUUGAAUCUCGAGCAAUACCCGAAGUGAAGCUGAAAACCUUCUUUUGGUUCCAAUGGGUCGUGGGCCGAGCGACCCUGGUCGUGGCUACGCACCAAUCGAAGCUGGCCAUGGAAAUUGACGACAUCAUAUCUACAGUAGACAUUCAGGAACAUUACAAUCAGCUCAAAGUCAAAGUCGCUUCUGCAUCAGUACGACAUCACAAAAGGAGCCACGAGGAGUGGGAAGCCGGCGUGCUGGGCGGGCGGGUGCUGGAGGCUCGCGAGCCCAUAGAUUCCAAGGAGGAGGACCAUUUCCUCGCUGUCACUAUCACGCAGGCGCAAAUAUCUAAUUUGCCCGCUAGUUGGAAAGAAGAGCUACAUCCCAAGCUGUUACAACAAAAAGGGGCCGGAGACAGCAUGUGGGAAAUAUACGCUACACUCGCGCCUUUAGAAGCGGUGCUGCAGCCUUCUCUCAUUGAGAACAUUAUGUCUCUAGUCCGUGAGAUGGCGCCACCGUCCUUUUGCCCUAUGCAAUCCGAAGACGAACCAAGUGACGGCAGCAGUUGGCAGUGGCCGUUCUGUUACGUCACUGCGGGCGGGUUGCGGCUGCUGGUCAAUACAGACCUCCACGACCCGGAAAAUGACGACACGUUUCUCUUAUUGAUCGGCAAAGUAUCUAUCAAUCCGCACCCCGAAAAUCCUAUUUGUCGACAAUCAGUUACAACUGGAUUGGAUGGAUCUUGGAACUCUGCCGGAGGCAGCCCGGAAGGCCGGCAGUACGAGGUCAACGUCAAACACGUCGCCAUACAGUCCGCGCAGCUCCAGCAGAUCAUCAAACAAGAAGAGAGAAGAGAAAUCUACAACAAAGGCACCGGUAGCGAGAACCCGGCUGUGAAGUGGUCUCAACCGCCUGUUUCGCCCGUCGUGACAGCUAUUCUCCAUCAUGUGGACAUAAGCUGCAUUCUGGCGCCGCCGCUGUUCGUGAACGGCGCGCUGACGUGCGGGCCGGCCGUGGAGCUCAACCUGGCUUCCGACUGCGCCUUCGAGUUCAGCCUGGAGCAGCUGAAACUCUUGCAGCACUUGCUCUCUGAGGCCACCUCUUCCACGACCUCUAGUGAGGAUUUUAUUCCAUCAAUGGCCCCCACAGCGGCCGUGUGUCCGUAUGCGGCUUUAUUUUUGAACCCGAAGCAAACGCCUGACAGUACGUUACAAGAUAGUAACGCGGCAUCCUUCAAAGGAGUUGCUGAAGUGCAAUUGAUCGACGAGUCGAGCAACACCGGUAAAUCCGAUCGAGGGUUUACAACCGAUUCAGGUAUAGACGUGGCCACAUCAAUGUCAAGACUGAAGCUAGACAAGCCAGCUUCAAAGAAAAACCUCAACGUCGCCUUUGCCGAGGAAAUAAUUGAUGUGUCGGAAUAUCUGGAGGUGUUUGUGACAAUGGGCGUGAUCGAAAUAUCGCUUUAUAUGGAAGAUGACAAUAGCCCCGCAGUAAUUGCUUUGAGGCCGCCUCCCAAACCCGAGCAAAAUACGGAAGAGGAGACGGCCGAUUCAGAGAAAGAUGACGACCAAGUCGAGGAAACUUCAGCAUCUGAACUAAAGUCUAACGUUAGCCAAUUGAGUAUUACCGAUGGGGUUAGGCUGUUGGACACUAAACUUGACAUGCACGCUCAGCAGGCGUUGCAGCUGCCCCGUGCUCGGCUGACUUCAGGCAAGUUGGCGCUGCUGCACAUUACUUUACAUCAGCCCAAUUUGUACUACUGGAGGAAGAAAACAAGGAAAAAUCUACAGGUGUCACUGUUUAACGCGUGGAUUGGGCUGGGAGCGGGCGAGAAGGAUGGAAGUCGGCCGCUAUUAUCCACGGCGAAGGGCACGCCGGACCCGGUGACUGACAUACCGCCGGCGCUCGCCACUGUCAAGAUUAUCCUGCCGACUGGUGGCAGCGGACCAAGCAACUACAGCGGCGUCAAAGGAUCCGUGACCGUGGACGUGGAGCGACCGGUACUGCUGGGACUCUCCGCGGAUACUCUGCGCCGGUUAACGCUCACCAACCAACUGGUAAUUCUACUACGACUGGUCCAAAAAUAUUUCCAGAAGAAUAAUGAGAAAGGAAAUAUUACCUUGAGCGACGGCGAUCUUCAUACACCACCGUUCUUUAAAUUGCGUAAAUUCAUUGUUAGCCACAGCUUGGAGAAUAUCGUAAUCCAAAUGAGUCAGCUCGGGGUGACGGGCAGCGAAGGCACAAUAGGGUGGGACAGCGCGUCGCUUCAGAUAGGUGCCGCGGCGCGGCCGAAGCGGCUGGUCGCGCGCGCACUAGUGUCCGCGCUGCUGGUGACCGCCGGCCCGCCCGGCGACCAGCGCCAUGUCCUCCUGCAACCGAUGAUGCUAGGUAUGGAACUGGAGUGCAGCUGGGAAGCGUGGCGAAAGGCUGAGGGCGGCGUGUCGGCGCGCGAGCCCUCGGUGCGCGUGAUCGUAGACCUGGACCGCGUCACGCUCGACGUGCGGCCGGAAGACCUCGCCGCGCUCCGCAGGAUACAACUAGCAAUGGACACGUUGGCUGAUAAACAGGUAAGGUCAAUGUGGACCGUCCGCCAGAAGACCGUCUACCAGGUCAAGGAGGACGAAAAGGAGCUCCUAGCGCCGCACGAAGAAAACGGCGAUAAUUUGCGGUUUUACAGUAAGCGGAGCAUGUCCGAGCGAGCCUUUCCCAGUUUGGAGUCUGUCGAAGCCUCCGACCAGUAUUACAAGGACGAUCUCAAAAGUGGAGCCUUUAAAAUAGUGACCGGGGGUCAGUUCCCGAUGGCCUACCAGGUGGCGCUGCACGGCGACGCCAUGUCGUGGCGCUACCCGCACCCGCGGACCGUCUCUAGGAUCACGGUGUUCCCCAUACCUGGCAUUGAUGAAGAAGUGAAAUGCAAGUUGGAAUUCUACGAUCCGUUAUUGAAAAGAUGGGAGCCGCAUACGUAUAUUACUCUGCCUGUAUCAGAACCAAACGAAAUAAAAUUAUAUGCAGAACCGCCAGAUGCGGUUUUUGCAACAUUGUGGAGAUUUCGCGCGGAUUCCGACACCAAGCCUCAACAACGUACCUUCGAGUUCGACAUCACCAAAUUUAUGCCCAGAGUCGACCCCCUGGCAACUGGGCGCGACGAGCCGCCAGCGGAGGCGCGCUCGGGCCUCGUCAGCGCCGAGCAGCUUUCGAGCGCGCUGCGCGUGGACUCGUACUUCUCGCCGCGCUCGGUGGCGCGCGUGCGCACCGCGCUGCGCUGCACUGAGCUCGAGCUGCAUGCGCACAACUCGCUCCCCUCUCUGUCCAGAAAAGCGUGUUCGCUGGAGGGCUACUACGUGUCGCGGCCGCUGAUGCGCAGCCACCGCGUGCUGUGCGUGAGCGCGGCGGACACCGUCGCGCAGGCGCUGCUCGGCUCGCGCGCCGGCCGCGCACUGCUGCUCGACACCAAACUCUCAUGCGACGUCCUAGACUGCUCCACGGGCACGCUCGAGCAGAUGGUGGGGUCGACGCGCGUGCAAGCGAGCGCUAGCGUACCGAGCAACGUCGCUGUAUCGCAGGCUCGAGUGCGCGCGUGCUCUGAGAGCGUGCGCGUGGCGCUGCACGUGCCGCGCCUCAGCACGCUACGGGCGCUCGCCGACGACUGGGGGCCAGUGUUACGACAGUGCAAUGGAGACGUAUCCACGGAGAAUGAAGAGAAUGAGUUGGACAGUUGUAAUGAUUCCGAAGCGGACAUGUGUGCAGUGUCGGCACUCGAGGGGCGCGUGUCGCUGUGGCUCCACAACAGCUGCUCGAGCGCGCUGCGCGUGGGCCAGGAGGGCUGCGAGGAGAUCGCGCCGCUGGGGCCCGGCGCCACGCUCGCCUACCGAUGGCCGUCUCCAAAUCAACCGUUCAAAAUUCGAUUUGCCCCAGCGGGGCCGUCUACAGACUGGCAAUGGUCCUCUAGUAUACCGUUCUGUUCGGGCGAGAGCCGCGUGCGGCUGCCGGACGCCGACGCGGAGGCGAGCGGCGUGUACGUGCACGUGCGCGGCGACGUGGCGGGCGCGCGCCGCACGCUGCACCUCGCCGGCCGCCUAGUGCUCGCCAACGCGCUGCGCCGCCCGUUGUAUUACAAGGUGCGAGCGAAGAAUGCAAGUUCGAAAGUGUGGCGUGCAGUGUGUUCGGGGGAGUUGAACGCCGAGACCGUGGGCCGGAGCGUCCUGUGCGGCGUUGACUGCGAAAUGGUGCUUAAAAUAAAGUUUACAACGCAGGACACCGGUUGGUCGGGUGACAUACCGCUUAAGGAAUGUCCCAAAGAAAACGUGCCGUGGUUAGUUAAAGUGCCGAGCGACGGCGAGACGGCGUACGUGUCGGUGUGGUGCCGCGUGGUGCGCGCGCGCUCGGACGGACGCGUGCUCGCCGCCAUCUGGCCGCUCUACGUGCUGUGCUCGCACCUGCCGCUCGACACUGACGUGUUAGUGUCAACGCAGAACGAGAGUUCAGAGCCCGCGUCGCGAACGUCCCCGCUAGUGCAGACGGCGCGGGGCCGCGGCGCCUGCACGCACCUACUGGCGCCCGGCACCACCGCGGCGCGGCACCAGCUGUCCUUCCAGUACAAAGACGUGGAGCACCCCGUGACCCGCGAGGCGAUUCCUCUGCACUACGGUGUGACCGACACGUCCGUGUUCGACAAACGGGCGCCCGCGAACAACAUCAAUGAAAUCGUUGAAGAGAUUCGUGAAUGGUUUGACCGGUCGGCGCGACGAGCGACUACCGAGUGGCCUUAUUCAAUAGUCGCGUCCCAUUGGUCGGGGGCAUGGAGCCCGGCGGCGUUGCAACCACGCUGCGAUGUCACGGUGCGGUACGACGCAGUGCGCGCGGGCGGCGGCUGCUCGCUGCAGAUCUCGCUGCGGCCGGUGGCGCUGCUGUGCAACGCGGCGCGCGUGCCGCUCACGCUGCGCGCGCACGACGCCGCGCCGCUGUGCCGGCUAGAGCCCGGCGCCGCGGUCUCCGCACCGAGCGCCCUUCUGCAGAAACCAUUCUUCAUGUCGGUGGAGAUGGGGCGGGAGACGUUCGUGAGCGGCCAGCUGCAGGUGUGGGCCGAGGAGCCGGGCCGCUACGGCUCGCCGCCGCGCGGCUGCGUCGCGCUCGACCACCCCGCGCCGUUCCUCAUACACUGCAAGCAUAAGGUGGCGUUCCUGACGUUGCACUAUGAAAUAAAAGAAGAUAUAAACGUUUUGGGAGUGACUUCGACUUUCCUACUCAUAAACAGACUGGAAACUAAUGUAUUGGUUUCAGGUAUAGCCGUUCCGGUUACCAACUCGGAUGAUGUGAAUUUGCAACCCAAAAACUACAAAGUUGUCAGUCCGACCAAAGAAGAAAGUCUCGACGGAGAAGCCCUGAGUCGUUUCUGGGUGCUGGAGCGCUGGCGCGGCGGCGACCCGAGCGAGUUGCGUACAUACUUGUGCCUGGCGCUGCCGGCGCAGGGGGCGGACGCCGCGGUGCCCGCGCGCGCGCACGUGCCCGUGCUGCUGGCCGCCGCGCCCGUGCGCCGCGCCGUCGCGCUGCGAGAUCAUACCGGCAGAUCGAUACCGGUGGUGAUAGUGCAGCAGAAACACGAAGGCCGGUGGGUGGUGACGGUGGCGCCGGACCCGUGCCCGCAGUUCGUGGUGCACAACCGCUCGAGCCACGCGCUCGCCAUAGCGCAGCCCGGCCUGGCCGGCCCAGUCAAGACGAUAGCAGAAUGUCCGGGCACGCGGUGGCACUGCGCGGUGGAGGCGGGGGGCGUGGCGCACUACUCGACGCCGGCGCACAGCGCGCGGUUCCCGCCGCCGCCCAACGCCGCUCCCAACACGGACCUCAUUCCCUUCCUCACUAUCAGCAAACUCAACGAGCACAAAGAUCCGGAGUGGAGCGAGGGAGUGGCGGCAGCGGGCGGCGAGCAACUAGUGCAGUUGCCCGACAGCGACACCGUCAAGCUGCGCGUGCGGCGCCACCCGCACUCCUCGCUGCUCGAGUUGAAGGACGUCGACGAGAAUGACAUAUCAGCAAGCGUAAUAAGACGUCGGCUAGAAGGAUCCUUUUGUGCCGAUACAGAUACAGGAAAAGAGGUAAAUAUAAACAGAUGUGCAGGCUCUCGUCAACUAACGUCUCCCACCCAAGCUAAGCUAGCUAGAUUACCUGUUGUAACCGCGGCCAGCUCCACCCCGCCGGACAACGCCCCUGAACAAGAGGGCAAGAAGUUAACUAGUGCAAAUGCCAAUUCAGAAUCUGGCUUGGAAACAAAAGAGUUUCUGAAGUUGCAGAAAUAUGACGAGUCAACUAGUAAAAUAGAGAAAAUAAAUGAAACAACAAAAUUGCUAGAUGUUGAAAACGAGGAUUUAGGAGACACGCUGAAACCAGGAUCUACAUACCCCAGUGACAGCAGUAUGCUGACGAUUGCUAACGUAAGGUCUUACGAACAAUCCGUCGACGCUCUGCGAGGUAUCUCCGAGUCAGAAUGGGGUGACAAGGGAUGGUCGCCAGUGGAGCGGGUUCGCUGCGUGGUAGCCGGCAUAGCUAUCGAAAUGGCCGCCACGCCCGACGUCAGUCCGCUGCUCGCCCUGCAUAUAGACCGAGCCGCUCUCUCGGUGCAAUGUGACAGCACGGGGACUAAAGCAGUGGUUUCUAUCGCCGACAUCCAAGUAGACAAUCUGCAAUACGAGAGCGGGAACUACGACUUCGCGGUGGUAGCGUCGACGCGCGGCGAGCCGCUGGCGGGCGACGCGUGGCCGCCGCCGUGGCCCAGCGCGGCCGGCGACGCCUUCGCCAUGCGAGAGAACGAAGCGCGCCUGCUGCUUCGCCUGCGCUAUGACUCGUGGACUGCCAUCGACGAUGCUUAUAGAGAACUGACGGAGGUGGAGCUGCGGCUGGGUCCGCUGGCGCUGUACGUGGAGGACGGGUACGUGGGCGCGCUGGCGCGGCUGGCGCGCGCCGCGCGGCCCGCGGGCCCGGCGCCCGCGCCCGGCGCCAUCGUCGCGGCCGAGACGCGCGCGCUGCAGCGCCCGCUGCGGUUGCGCUCGCUGCACCUGCACCCGGUGGAUCUCACGCUCACGCUGCAUACUGCCGUGCGUAUGUACAUCGCGCUGGACCAGAGUCCGUUAUGCCUGAGCGCGUUCCAGCAGACGGACAUGGUGACGUGCGCCGAGCGGCUGACGCACGCCCUCACCGUGCACUACCUCUCCGCCGCCAUACUGGGCGCAGGUUGGGUGGUAGGCGGGCUGGAGCUGUUGGGUGCGCCUGGCGCGUUGGCAGCGCGCGUCGGGGGCGCGCGCGGCGGCGUGCGCGGCGUGGCGGCGGCGGCGGCGGCCGCGCUGCUGCGCUCGCUCAGCGCCUGCGCCGGCUCGCUGGCGCGCAACCUGGACCUGCUGGCCGGCGACGACGACCAUGCGCGCCGCGCCGCUGCCGCGCGCCGGCGCCACCCCGACACCUUUGUUCAGGGACUCGCCGCCGGCAUCACCAACUUCGCUAUCAACAUACUUGGCGCAGUGGGCGGGCUGGCGCACCACCCGCUGGUGAGCGUGGCGGUGGGCGAGGUGGAGGGCGGCGCGGCGGCGCUGCGGCGCGGGCUGCUGGGCGCGCUCACCAAGCCGCUGUCCGCCACCGCCGACCUGGUUGCCUUCGCCGGACACGGCCUGCUGCGCCAGACCGGCUGGGACCCCGUGCCGCAGCGGCGCUCCUCGUGCGCGGGCUCGGAGGGCGGCGGCGGCGGCUGGCGGCGCGACUGCGUGCGCUGGUCGUUCCGGCUGGCCGAGCUGCACGCGCUGGCCGGCUUCGACGUGCUGCUGGAAGACGCGCCGUUACGUCUGCUGCUCACGGACAAGUACCUCAUGAUUACUGACCCAGAAACAGAGCGAAUCGUUGAAAUGGUCGAUCUUCGAUUCUGCACGCUAAGGCCGCACCAAGGACCUAUCGUCGAGCUGGUGGUAACGAGACGACAAAAGGAGAAGGAAGUAGAAUCUAAAACUAUGGAUGAAGACGACGAAUAUCAGGUAAGCAGCGCAGCGAUGGCGCGCGUGGCGCGGUACACGGGCGCGGACGGGGGCGUGGCGCCGGCGCCGGGCGCGGCGCGCGUGCUGGCGCUGCGGGCGCCCGCGCGCCACGCGCCCGCGCUGCGAGCCGCGCUCGCCGCCGCGCUGCACGCCGUCUCCGAUGACCAUCUGCACCUGCUCUAGCCGGCGCCGCGGACCCCAGCUACGUGACACCUUCCUACAUACCUUGAUAG